AUGCAGAUUGAAUCUAACGAUUUUUUUUUGCAAACUGGAGCUGUGAAUUGUCCUCACCGAUACUUAAAGAUGUUGGACGUACGCCCUCUAAACGAUCAUGUCAGUUACCCGGGAGAUCAGCCGUGGCAUGUGCCGUUCCCAUAUCCACCUAUGACUCCAAAUCAUGAUCCCACUUCAUCUGGAAGUGAGGCUGAGAACAAUGAUCUGUUUGAAAAAAUCUUUGAUGUGAAGCACGACCUCCAAUAUUUGUCUAAGGCAACAGAUUGGCGGGAGAGCAAAUGCGAUAUUCAUGGCCAAGUGAUGGGAAACUUGGCCAACAAGUUGAACAAAGCAUAUGCUGGACUUUGA